AUGACGGAAGUCCUUAAAAAUUCCGGUUCUGAAUUAGUAGUAUCGCAAAAUAACGAAGAAUUUGCAGACAUGCAAACGAAUCAAAAAAAUUGCAAUUUGGUCGAUUUGAAAGACGAUCUCCUUAUUAAAAAGCUAAUGAAACACUCUAGAACAGCGGGUUCAUCAUUUUUUUCAUUUUCCGGAUCCGUUGAUGGUUCUGUGAAACCGGAAAUAAAAUCGCCAUAUCCAGUGGUUAAUGAAUUGCUUGAAAAACCAGAGACUUAUGACCCUAGAUUUAACACGGGAACUAGGUCUAAACUUUUGAUACUAAAUGACAAACUACUUGGAUUUGAACGCCAAAUGGAAAUCCAGUCUCGACAGAGGAGGCAGGCUGAAGAAUCAAGACUAUUAAACAUAAAUGAAUCAUUAACUAAAUUACAAAAUGCUAUUACUCUGGAAUCUAAAAGGCGAAUGGAGACGAUUAAAGCCCUUCACGGAAUUUUCGAAAGUCAAAUUAAUUCUGUCCAAAACAAGGUGGAAAACUUGUUUAUGCAGAAACUAGACCAACUGGAUAAUGUUAUUCAGUCGUUGUCAGAUAGAAUUGACAACAUCCAAAGCUACGUUAACGAGAACGAGUCUAAAUUUUCGACUACAAUAGAGUCCAAUUGCAUACUACUGGAAAAAACGCUGUCAAAUCUUCAGAAAUGCUUUGAGGAGGAAAAACUCUCCAGACAAGAGAGAGAAGAGCAAAUAUUAAAAAGUCUUUCUGAAAUUGAGCUCAAAACAGACUCUUCAAUAAAUGAGGAGUUGGAAAAGAUCAAUUCCGCCUAUCAUAAUUUGAAGAAUGAACUUUCAGAUUUGAAGAAAUUUAAACAGGAAUCUGACAAGAAACUUAAAUCCAAAAUUCUGGAUGAAUUCUCGAGUAUAAACAAUGGAUUGGUGAUGGAGUCGAGGGCCAGAGAAGAGUCCGACAACGACAUUGUGGAGGCACUACAUAGUUAUGCCAAAAUUCUUAAUGACUAUUCCAACCUAAGUCCAUCUCAAUUCAAAAUUAACUAA